AAUGGGAACAAAUCUCAGCAUUCCGAAAACUGAAAAGUUUUCUGAAGAUGGUGAAAAUGACCGUCUUAGAUAUGGCUUAUCAUCUAUGCAAGGUUGGCGUGCAACAAUGGAAGAUGCACAUGCUGCACAUCUUGAUCUGGAUGCGUCCACUUCGUAUUUUGGUGUUUAUGAUGGUCAUGGAGGUAAGGUGGUUGCCAAGUUUUGUGCCAAGUAUCUUCACCAACAGGUGCUCAAGAGUGAAGCAUACAUAGCUGGAGAUGUAGGAACCGCCCUUCAGAAAACAUUUUUCAGAAUGGAUGAGAUGAUGCGCGGUCAAAGGGGAUGGAGGGAAUUAUCAGCCUUGGGUGAUAAGAUAAACAAGUUUAAUGGGAGGAUAGAAGGAUUGAUUUGGUCUCCACGUAGCUGUGAUGGUAAAGACCAAGGUGAUGAUUGGGCCUUUGAGGAGGGGCCUCAUUCUGACUAUGCUGGACCAACUUCAGGAAGCACUGCCUGUGUUGCAAUUAUUAGAAACAAUCAACUUUUUGUUGCAAAUGCUGGUGAUUCACGUUGUGUAAUAUCUAGGAAGGGUCAGGCAUACAAUUUGUCUAGAGACCACAAACCUGAUCUUGAGAUUGAGAAGGAAAGAAUCUUAAAGGCUGGUGGUUUUAUUCAUGCAGGACGAGUUAAUGGGAGUCUAAAUCUUGCAAGAGCUAUAGGUGACAUGGAAUUUAAGCAGAAUAGAUUUCUUCCUGCUGAAAAACAAAUUGUGACCGCUAAUCCAGAUAUAAACACUGUUGACCUUUGUGAUGAAGAUGAAUUUAUAGUACUAGCUUGUGAUGGCAUAUGGGAUUGCCUGUCAAGCCAACAAUUGGUAGAUUUUGUACGUCAACAACUGCUCUUGGAAACAAAACUUUCUGCGGUUUGUGAAAGAGUAUUAGAUCGGUGUUUGUCACCAUCAAUUGCUGUUGGUGAGGGAUGUGAUAACAUGACCAUGAUCUUGGUGCUGUUCAAGAAACCGGCUCAGUCCAGUGCUCCAGCACAAGAACAAUUCUCUUCAAAUGAACAAGCUGCAUCUGAACCAAGACUUUGAGAGAAAUGGAAGUUAAUAGGUUUUGAAGAGAAAUGGAUCUUUUCAUCUGAUUUAACAUAUCAAGUCAUGUGAGAGGAUUUUAAGAGUUUAUAGACAAAUUAACAGUAAUUAGAGAUGAGAGACAAAAGGUGUUGGUAAAAAAAUUUCCUCACAUGAUUGUGUUAAAUCAUACAUGAGAGGAUUCAUUCCAACAACAUAGAAUAUAGUGUGGACCACUGCUUAGAAUAUGUGUGUAUGGUUGUUUUCACUUUCAACUAGCCUUUUAUAAAGCCAUUAUUCUCCCCCAGAGUAUGUUAUGCUUGUUCAAUAAGCGGCUCCAAAUGUCAGUCUUUGUAGUUAUUAGUAACAAUCUGGGGGCAUUCUGUGAUGGUUAGCUAGUUGCUAUUUGUUAAUUGCAGGGAUUUUGGCCCCAACAUAGGAUAUUUGUAUAUAUGAUAUAUAUCUCAUUAA